AUGAACAACAAGAGGAAUGGGGUUGAAAGGAAAAGAACACUUCGUGAUAUUUUGGUCGAUUUCAUGGGUUAUACAACGGGACAUGGAUUUGCAAGGCUCGUUGCUGCAACGUCAAUUGCUUGGAGAAUAUUCUGGGUCGUUGCUGUUUUGGGCGCAACUGGAAUGUUCGCCUUCCAAGUAGCAGACCUGUUUAAAUUGUUUCUAGCACGACCUGUACAGACAUCUGUAACUGUUGCUCUUGAGAAGAAACUAAAAUUUCCUGCCGUUACGAUUUGUAAUUUGAACAUGAUAAAAAAGAGCAAAAUGGGAAGUCUGCCAUUAGAAUUGUUUGACGAUUUUAAGCUUAACACAACUGAAAAGCCGAGUGAGACUGUCAAGAGUUCCACGCAAUUGAUUAGUACCACGGAAGGUGUUAUUGUUACCCAGGAACCGAGUGCACCUAUCAGUUCUACUGCUGAAAUUAUCGGAAGGAAAAAACGGGAGAUUAAGGAAGACGAAUUUGUACCACCAGGAGAAUACACUAAUUGGUACGACACUAGUUCAUUGGAGGAAGAUGAAUCUUACGAGGAUAUAUCCGACGAAUUCCCGCCUAUAAAUGAACUCCGCCCACAGGAAAAGCUAAGAAUAAGGGUUGAUUCGCAUCUUGGGGUCCAGGAUCCACCAAAUCUAUUUCCGCUUGGCCAUCAAUAUCGCGACUUAAUAAAAAACUGUACGUGGAAAGGCGCAGACUGUGCACACGGCUCACUCAUUACGAGUGCCAAGGCCAUGCCCGUCAAGGGUUUAGUUCUUAAACUCGACAUCGAAGAGAAUGAAUACGUUGGCGAAUUGACAGAGGAGGCAGGUGUGCGGGUUGUGUUGCAUGAACAAGGAGUUAUGCGUUUCCCUUUUGAAGAAGGAUUUAGCGUCGCCCCAGGAAUGGCGACCUCGGUUGGAUUAACGAGAACUAUGAUGAAGAAAUUGGACAGGUUCAGCAAUGGAAGCUGUACCGAUGAAAGUAUUCAACUCACUCAACACAACUUGUACAAGAAAAACGAAAAUGUCACACGCUACUCUUUGCAGACAACAAAGCUUCUAGCUGACAUAGGAGGUCAAGUUGGUUUGUGGAUUGGCAUCUCAGCUCUGACUUGUGUUGAAGUAUUAGAGUUGUUAUUUCAGAUUAUUUCUUUCGCUUACAUGAAGUGCAAAAGUGGAAGAGAAAAUCGUGUGAUUAAAAUAGGAGACACCACGGAAUGA